AGGCGGAACCUUUCGCUACGGAGCCCGUUUUGCCGGACGGAGCAGGUUGGAUGUGGGACGAGGGCGGCCGGGCCGCCUCCGCGAGCACGCGAAGCGAAGAAGAAGCGGCGGCAUGGCGGACCACGCGGCAUUCGCGCUGCCUUCGGGAGGCAGGCUGGGCGCCUGCUUGGAGACGUUGGGCACCGCUAGGGCCCAGCCCGAGCGGUUCCUCAGUGUUCAGGAUGGACUCGCUGAUGACUUCAUCUCUCUAACAAAAGCAUUAUACGAUUUCCACAAAGCGCUUGGAGCUGAUAUUAUUUCUGGAAGUCCUUUAAAGGAACUGGUGGUAGAUAACUUUGAUGAAGAACAGAUUUGGCAACAACUGGAACUGCAGAAUAAUGUAGUUCUAGGCUACUUCAAGACAGCUGUUGCUAGAAAUGUGGAGGGAGAGGAGGAUCUGUGUCUACUUCCAGCUUUACAGGAGGAUGAGUCUGUCACAGAAGACAGUGAGGAGCAGACAGGUAAUGAGGACCAGAUAGAAGAAGAGCCAGAUCUCAACAGUGAUGAUCUUGAAGAAGAAAGUGAGUUUGAAGAGAAGAGAGAUCCGCUCAGAGCAGUGGAAGAUCGUGCAUAUAGUGAUGAGGAUUCUGAUAUGGACUUUGACAUUGAUAAGUUAGAGCAGCAAACCCGAAUGUCAAAGAGCACCGUGAAAAAAACAGGAGAAAAGUCCAUAGUGGAUGACAGAUUUUUCAAACUGGCCGAGAUGGAGGCUGUUUUGGAUGCAGCAGAGAAAGAAGAAUUCAGAGCAAGAGACCACGAUGAAGAGGAAGGAAUAGAUUAUUUUGAGGACAUUCUUUCUGAAGAUGAGGAGGAGGACGACGAAGUGGAAUUUGGAGAAGCCCAAAUGAAGCAGAUCAAAAGUGCUCGUGAUCUUAAAUAUCAGGACUACUUUGAUCCUGUGGAUGAUCUCGAAGAUUUCACAAGUGAACACAAAGAUGGUGAAGAUGACCAGAGUGAGGGAACAGAAAAUGAAAACGAAGAAGAAGAUGGCAUGGUUGAUGAAGCUGCGGAAAUGGAUGAAAUCAAACAGACAAGAGGGAAUGAAAAAAGGAAAGAACUUUCUAAAAGAGUGACUUUCACCUUGCCAAGCAACAGUGACACAGAGGAGGAAGACACAGAUAUGUUCCAGGGAAAGACAAACAGUUCCCCUGAAAUGAAAUCAUCUUUUGAGAAACGGCAGGAAAAGAUGAGUGAAAACAUUAAAUUGCUCGAAGAGGAGCUGCUGAUGGAGAAGCCCUGGCAGCUAAGAGGUGAAGUGACAGGGCAAAAAAGGCCAGAAAACAGCCUUCUGGAGGAAAUGGUUCUCUUUGACCAUGCGGUCAAAAUGGCUCCUGUGAUCACAGAAGAAACAACGCUGGAGCUUGAAGAGAUCAUCAAGAGAAGGAUAAAAGAUCAGGCUUGGGAUGAUGUCAUCCGUAAAGAAAAACCAAAAGAAGAUCCCUAUGAAUAUAAAAAGCGGUUGACUCUGGAUCAUGAGAAAAGCAAGCUGAGUCUUGCUGAAAUUUAUGAGCAAGAAUAUCUGAAACUUAACCAGAAAAAAAUGGAAGAGGAGGAAAAACCUGAGCAUGCAGAAAUACAGAAAAUGAUGGAUUCUCUCUUCCUCAAACUGGAUGCCCUGUCCAAUUUCCACUUUACACCCAAGCCACCUGUACCAGAGGUUAAGAUAGUCUCCAAUCUCCCAGCAAUAACCAUGGAAGAAGUUGCACCAGUGAGCGUGAGCGAUGCUGCUCUCCUUGCUCCAGAGGAGGUCAAGGAGAAGAACAAAGCCGGGGAUGUGAAAACAGAUGCCGAAAAGACCCCCACAGACAAGAAAAGGGAGCGGAGGAAAAAGAAGCUUGUGAAGCGUAUGAAGCUGAAGGAGAAGGAGAAACGGCAAAAACUCCUGGAGAAAAAUUCAGAGCAGAGCACCCGAUUAAGCAAAAAGGCUUCGGCUGUGCAGCUAAAAAAGCUAACCAGGGAAGGCAGAACCUCUUUGCUCAAGGAUGACGGCAAAGACAAGGCUUUGAAGUCCUCCCGAGCCUUCUUUUCACAGUUGCAAGAUCAAGUGAAAAUGCAAAUUAAAGAUGCAAAGAAAAGCCAGAAGAAACCAAAGAAACGAGAACUCUCUGCCCAGAAGCUGAAGCUGUAAUAUAUUAUGCAUGUACUAUUUUGUAUAAAUUAAAGUUGGGGUUGUGUUUUUCUAAUUUAA